UCAUGAAUAGGGGCCACCAUCCAGUGGCUGGUGCUGGGAACCCUGCACUCACACCCUGCCCCUGGCCAAAGAUGUGCUCCUGGAUGCUGAGCUGCUGCUUAGCCCUGCAGCAUCUUGCCAUGCAGGCUUCCCUGCUCUGCAUUUUCCAUCUGUUACUGCUACCUGCCCUGUCUGAGGAGCAGCUCCGCACUCCAGCUGCCAGUGUGCUGCUGGCACGCAGCCUCUUCGCCUGUGGCAUCUCCACAUUGUUGCAGACCACCCUGGGAAGUCGGCUGCCACUGGUUCAAAUCCCAUCAUUCGAGUACCUGGUCCCUGCCUUGGUGCUGAGCUCCCACUUGUCCCUUGGAGUCAGUGAAGAUGGGAAUGGCAUGGCUGUGGCCACCGUGUGCCCUGAACCACACUGCACCAUCACGGAGAGCAGAACGGCCUCGUUGCGAGAGGUGUCUGGGGCUGUGCUGAUUUCUGGGCUGGUCCAGCUGGUCCUGGGAGCAGUGGGUGUGUGCGGCUGGGCAGUGCAACGCUGUGGGCCCAUGGUCCUAGCCCCCAGCCUCUCUAUCAUCGGGCUGUCUGCCUACAAGGAGGCUGCUUUCUUCUGCUCUGCCAACUGGGGUGUAGCGCUGCUGCUCAUGCUCCUCACCAUCACCUUCUCCCAGCACCUGGGAUCCUGCCGCCUGCCCUUCUGUGCCUGGCCCUAUGCCCCAGGGGUCUCCAUGGAGCCAUCUGUCCCCACCUUGCGCACUCUCUCGGUCCUCCUCCCAUUUGCUGUUGUCUGCACCAUCUGUUCUAUCGUCCACCACUUCCAUGUCUCCUGGGACUUGCCAGAUCUUGCGACAGCACAGCUUUCCUGGGUCAACAGCACCCUUCACACCCCAUGGCUUCAACUGCCCUAUGCAGGUGAGUGGCCGCUACUCACCCCCCGGGCGCUGGCAGUGGGCAUCGCUAUGGCCUUCGGCUGCAGCAUUAACUCCGUGGGCUGCUACGUGCUCGGUGGGAGGCUGCUGCGAGCCCCCCAGCCUCCUCCCCACACCUGCAAUCGAGGGCUGUGCUGCGAGGGGCUGGGCAGCCUGCUGGCAGGGCUGCUGGGUUCUGCAGGGGGCACGGCUGCCAGCAUCGCCAAUGCCUGUGCCGGUGGCCUCACACAGGAUGGCUCUCGCCUCUCAGUGCAACUCAAUGCACUGGCGUGUGUGAUGCUGGGCAUGUCCCCAAGGCUGGUGGGAUUCUUCGCUCACAUCCCUCUGGCAGUUCAUGGUGGUAUGCUCUGCGUCACCUAUGCUGUGGCCGUGGGCACGGGGAUCUCGUACUUUCAGUAUGCAGACAUUGAUUCUGGCAGGAACAUCUUCAUCGUCGGCUUUACCAUGUUCAUGGCACUGCUGGUGCCACGGUGGCUCAAUGUGUCUCCAGCUCGCCUGAUCACAGGCUGGGUUCCCUUGGACCUUCUCUUCCUCUCCCUGCUCGUGAUGCCUGUCUUUUUAACUGGCUUCUUGUCCUUCUUUCUGGAGAACACAGUCUCAGGCACUCUGGAGGAGAGAGGUCUGCCUGCUGACAGGGUACAGCGGAAACCUGGGACAAGUUCUGGUCAGCCCUCGAGAGAGGCGAGAAAAGCCAGCCCUGUGUAUGGGCUUCCAACCAGGCUGAGGAGGCUGCUGCCCUCUUCUUGCAAAGCCUUCCCCUGCUGCUUCCUCUGCCCAGGAAGAGAGGAUGAAAAGGAGGAAGAAGAGGAUGGUGGCCGAGAAGCUGAGGAGGGGAUGGCUGCUGCAGGGGAAGGGACACACCUGCUCCUGAAGCCUGGAACAGGGGAGAUGCAGGCAGACAGGCAGCCAAGCCAAGCAGAGAUUCUCACAUGGCACACAGGGGCCUGAACAGAAGGCAGAAGGGACCUGCUCUUUCACACUCAUUGUGG